UCACGCGGUGCACAUCGUUACGUUCGCGCGCUCGUCGCUUUCGUCGUGGUUUCCUAUUUAACGUCGCUCUCGAUUACAUAUUUUAUAUAUAUACAACGACAUGUAUAUAUAGAUGCCGAUAUGGGUUAUUAAUUUGUACAAAAAGAAGAAGAAAAUUACAUAAAAAUGUGUCAUUUUUAUUGAUCGGAUUUCUUCUUGUUUUAUUUCGCGUCGCGAUUUAAUCGUUUCUCUGUCUCUACGUGUACUCUUUGGAAUCCCUGACACCCGCUCGGUUCGUCGUCGUCGUUGAACGCGUGUGCGCGACGCAACAUCAAGCCGCAGAUAAGGUCGCACGCUUGCCCGGGCUCUCUUCCUGUCAAAACGAACCUUCGAAACGUGAUUCUCGCAAGCCCAAUCCGCUCAGGGGCAAUUAGAACUUGGAGGCUUUGUCUCGAGGAUCCUCUUCGGUCGUCCUCGAAGGGACGGAGGAGGGAGCCUGUUGAUUUACGCAGCCGUUCGGAACUCCUGCUGAAAGGAUUUUUUCGUCCAGUGGAAUAUCGGUGGUGCGUGCGAGACGUUGACGAUUGAGAAAAGUUUUUGUUUUGGCAUGGUAUCCCCGCACGGAAGUUGUUACCUCGUCGGGUAAACAAAAUUUAUUUUUUUUGUUUAUCCGCUCAUCGCCGGUGCGAUGUGAACGAGGCUCUUUUUGGUUCUGCGUUAUUUUCGUUGGACGAACUAUUGAACGAGAUGACGGCGGUGCUUCGAUGAGUGCGGGGAAUUUCGAGGAGAUUCACGCAAGUACAUAAUCGAAGGAACGAAAGAAUAUUAAUUAAGGCAGACAAUAAAAGGCACGCGGGGGGAAGGAAAGGAUUGUCGGGACGAAGAGAAAAGGAGAUUGAAGCAGCGGUAAAAUGACUCAACAAAGCGGGGCAGGCUCGCCUCAGCAGUUUUGCCUGCGAUGGAACAAUUAUCAGACGAAUUUGACGAACGUGUUCGAUCAAUUGCUGCAGAGCGAGAGCUUCGUCGACGUGACACUAGCGUGUGACGGUCAUUCGGUGAAGGCUCAUAAAAUGGUGCUCUCGGCAUGCAGCCCAUACUUUCAAACACUUUUUUUCGACAACCCUUGCCAUCAUCCGAUCGUAAUAAUGAAGGAUAUCAAGUGGCCGGAAUUGAAGGCAGCGAUAGAGUUCAUGUACAAGGGAGAAAUAAACGUGUCACAGGACCAGAUCGGUCCGCUGUUGAAAGUUGCCGAGUGCCUGAAGAUCCGGGGUCUCGCGGACGUAAACAACGAGCACGAGCUGACCUCCAGAUCGAUGUCUCUUCACCAGGAUAACUCGUCAGCCGGAACGUCCAGCUCCGUCUCGUCCUCCGGGGGAGCCGGGGGAGGCUCCGUUGCUUCGGUUGCCGCGAUUCCGAGCGUGCCGCAAUUGCACAAUCGUAAAAAACGCCGCAGAUUGACCAACGAACGUUCGCCCUCUGUACCCAGCCCCGAUCACAACAAUCCCUGCAUGCUCGGCAUCGUCGAUCACGAAAUCGCCGGAAGCCUCAUGCUACCGGAAAUGCAUCCGCUCGGUGGCCAACAAACGCCUUCCUCGACGCCGCGAUCAAUCGGCUCCCCCAACGUCCCCAGCAUCUCCGUAACCCCCCAAAUCAACCUUCAAGAACUUCCUCUACCCCUCGUACUUCCACUCCCACCCUCGAGCUCGACGAAUCAGAGCUUGCACGGCCUCGUCUCUCAUCCGCACCACGUGCCCGGCCACGUGCCUUCCUCUGGACACGUUCCCUCCAUCAACCAUCUCGCCGCUCACGUUCAACAACAGCAGCAGCAACAACAACAACAGCAGCAGCAACAACAGCAACAGCAACAACAGCAGGAACAACAACGCCAAGAACAACAACACAGACACGAGCAACAACACCGUCAGGAACAAGAGAGACGCCACGAACAACACAGACAACAACAGGCUCAUGCUCUCACCGCACAACAGGCUCAUCAGCAACAGGCCCAGCUUCUCCAUCAUCAACAACAGCUUGGCAACGCUCUCGGUGUCAUGGACGAUCUUGAAAUCAAACCUGGCAUCGCUGAGAUGAUUCGCGAGGAGGAAAGGGCCAAGUUGUUGGAAUCUUCCCACGCUUGGCUCGGCGCCUCCACCUCCAAUAUAUCAGACAGUUAUCAGUAUCAGCUACAAUCGCUGUGGCAAAAGUGUUGGAACACGAAUUCUGGACUUGUUCACAAUCUACGAUUCCGCGAACGAGGACCACUGAAAUCUUGGCGACCCGAAACCAUGGCCGAAGCGAUUUUCAGCGUUCUCAAGGAGGGACUUUCUCUCAGCCAAGCUGCCAGGAAGUACGACAUCCCGUACCCAACUUUCGUGCUGUACGCGAACCGAGUGCACAACAUGCUCGGUCCAAGCGCCGAUGGCGGGGCCGGUGAGUAUCUUCGACCGAAGGGUCGUGGGAGACCGCAAAGGAUUCUACUCGGUGUUUGGCCUGAUGAACACAUACGCGGCGUCAUAAGAACCGUCGUGUUUCGCGAUGGCAACAUCAAGGAGGAACCAACACCGAUUUAUCCGAGCCUGACGAAUUACGCUUGCAACGGUCCCGAGGGUGCGGUCAGUCCCGGUGCCGCAGCCGCUGCUGCGGUCGCCGCGGUCGCUCAAGGUCUCCGGCAUCAAAUGUGCAGUAUGGUGGCAGCGGCCCAGUCGCACCAGCACGACAUGAUAGCGACGAAUUUAUCAGCAAACUUUCAAGCAGCGGUGCAAGUGAGUCAGCACCAUUUGAACAACAGCAGUCCGCCGAGCAGCAAUAGCAACAACAACAACAACAACAACAACAACAGCAAUAGCAACAACAACAAUAACAACAACAAUAGUAACAGUAACAACAGGAAUUCGCCAUUGAUGUUGGGAUUGCCGAGUCCGGGUUCGGGAGGUCCACCGGAGAGUCCGAUCGAGGGAAGUCCAUUGGCGAGUCCGAUGGCGCCGUUGAUGGAUCCGGCGCACAUACCGAGCAGCGUCGAGGUCGGGAUAGGAGUUAGCGGAAUGACCUACAAGCCAAAUCGAAGCUUCAUGAGUCCGCGACCGGACAAUCUUUUCCAAGAGGACAUUUCGGACCUGGUUAAAAGCGCGCAUUCUCACAAGGACAAAGACAAAAUACCGGUGAAGCUGGAGCCGCUGGGAGAGUCACGAAGCGAGCAAUAAAGAACGAAUUUUCACAAGAAAAACGUCGAUUUCUUCUGAGGAAGAAAAAAAAACACUAAAUUCAGGGAAUGUCGAUUUUUUUCCAAUUAAAAUGGACAUAAAAAUGGAAUAAUUAUUGUGAAAUGCACGUCAAUCGUCAAUCGAGGAUCGAGCGAAUGACGUUUUAAACACGAGAAUUUUGUGCUUCGCCACCCCCCCCCCCCUCCUCCCCCACCUACCUUACGCAUUCUCGGUGAUAAACUCUAAAACAAAGCGUCGAGACUUCCGGUACGAACGUUCUCGAUUUUAUUUCUUUUCGUUAUCCUUUUUUCUAACCGUAUUUCUGUCAAUAAAAAACAAAAAUCCCGAGCGUUCGACGUACAUUCUGUUUAACUCGUGAUCGCAUAUUGGUACGAUAUACAUUUAAAGUAUGUAGAAAUUAAAAUCCAACAAUAUAUAAUGAAUAUAUGUAUAUGUAUAUACAUGUGUUUCUAUAAAUACGUUUAUAUAAAUACAUAUAUAGACAUAUUUAACGAGUACAUAGGAAGCCUGGUUUACAAAAAGUCCCUGGAUCUAAUCCCCGAGGGGUUUUGACAAAAUGGAAACGCGAAUAAGCGAAGAACAAGACAAAAGCGUCGAUUAAUAAUGGCGGAAUAAUCAAAAGCAUUAAAACACACACAUACACGUAAUAUUCGUUAAAAAAAAGUGACAGGAGUCCUUUGAAUCGUCCCGGGAUGCGAUUUUCCUUCUUAUAUUUACUUUUAUUUCCUUGAUCAUUUGUUUUUCACGAAUGAAAUAUGAUAAUGUUUAAUACACCGCAAUAGCUCGAGCUUCAAACUUUCCUCCGUCCCCGGGACGAUUUCGAUAGAAAAAAAUGUGAAAAUAAUGGUACUGAUGCGCAACGCCGCGCGUCAAAUAAAAACUAACGAAGGAUGGAGCACAUCCUUGAAAAUCUCCGAACACACACACAAUAGUAGCGUGAUACUAUGAUCCUCGAAAAGUCAAAAAUACUUUUAGCCCGAGAGACUAGAGCCCGAUCAUUAUAUUAUUAUACCUACAUACAUAAAUAUUAGUCGUCUCGUGCAAUGAGGAAACGAUGAACAAGAGGUUAUAAUGGAAAAAGAUAAAGAGGAAAAAUAAUAAAAUUGAAAAAAAUCUGAAAAUAAGAUGAAAAUUCGCAAAAAAAUGAAGGGACGCCCGAUGAUUUAGCACAUAAUUUAUAUAUCUACGCAUAUGGGGAUACUGUAACGUUAAUGCCAAAUGUAUAAUAGUUUAAACGAAGCGCAAACAUUCAGACAAAAUACAUUGUUACAAAAAAAAGCAUUUUUUCACGUCGUACCAUCAGCGUCGAGUCAAUGUGGUCACUACGAGAGGCACAACAAUUUCAUGGAAAUCAAGUAUCGAAUGGAAUACAUAAGAAAAAAUGUAUUGCAAGCUCUUUCAUUGUGUCGUGUCAUUUCUAGGAGAAGAAACAAAUAAGCAAACUUUGUCCUAUCACGAGAAAAAGAGGCGAUCGAAAAAUUCAGUUUUCAAUACUUUUGUAACGACGUCUUACUUUAUUUUAUUGUUUUUUAAUACACUUUUUAAACUCUGUGUCUUCGAUCCAACCUCUCCUCGUUAUUGCCACGCUUUUUUAACGAUUGGCUCGCACUUUCGAUCAGAAUUUUGGAAUUAUGAUGAUGAAUCUUAUUGAUCGAUUACUGUUAAGAAUUUUCUUUCGAAUCUUUCUUGUGUACAGAAAUAAAUUUACCGAGAUUUUCGAAAUUAAUCUCCGAUUUUUUCGGAAAUCAAUGUUAAAAAAUCCGAAUUUUACUUGAGAAAAAAAAUAAUUUGAGGAUUCAAUAUCAUUAAACUAAGCAGACCAUGAAAACGUUUAGUAAAUUAUUUGUUGCUCACAUAAUUGAACGACUUUUCAUUGUUGUUUGGAUCGGAAAUCAAUUUUUUUUUUUUUUUAUCUGCAUAGCUCCAUUGUUUUAAACGUCUGUAAAUCUUAUCUCAGUUAUGAAAUUCUGAUCGAAUGUGAUUCUCUAAUGAGGAAUGUCAGUAUAAAACAUUUUUAAUCCACGCGAGAGACGACACAAUCGGUACUAUACUUUUGCAUACAAUGACGAGUGCGCGCCCGUCUCGUGGAAUUACCAUCACGAGCCGAUACGUUAGAAAUGUAAUAUUCCAAGGCAAGUGCAAUUUUCUAGUCAAUCAUCGACGUCCACGAGUAUUCGUUUUUAUUAUAUCUGUUAUUGUUAUUAUUUUGCUUUCGCUCCGUUGGAUGUGCGAAUGAUGAGUUUUGAAAAGAUUUUUUUGUUCUAAGCUUCGAUAUAAUAAUAAACGAACAAAUAUUUUUACGUGUUCAUGAAAUUUGAUGAUUUUAUUGUAACGAGAAAAAAAAGGAUUCAUUGUGAAUUCGAGUGACGAGAGUGAAAAUUGGAAAACGCCAUUCUCGAUAAAAUCGUUGGACGUCUGAUGAAUUAAUAAAUAUUGCGCGCGAUUUUCUUGUAAAAUGAAUUGAAACGACGAGUUGAUCGAUCGUCGCGGACGAUCGUCUCUCGUCUCGUUUCGAGUAACAGACCCGGAGCUCGCCGCUUAUACACUUAAUCAAUAUAAUAACUCGAAAAUUCUACAAAUAAAAUGAAAAUCAGACACACCACAAGAAGCGCUAAAAUGUACAAAACUUUUCUCACUGUCAAAGACUAUGAAUCUUAAAAAAAUUAUACACGAAAAAGAGAGGGAGCAAUGGAAGAAGAAAAAGGGAAAAGAGAGUUGUACGGAGAAGUUGAAUAACUCGAUCGGUUAGGGCCACAUUCUCAAGGAGAUAAAGAUAAAUAAACACAAAGAGUAACAUAAAAUUAUAGCGUUAUUAAAUGUAAUGAUUGCCUUCCUGCCAUAUUUGGGGUAUGCCAAGUAUAAAAAUUAUAAGGUUUAGGAUAAAUAUAAAAGGAGAAGAUGAAGCAUAAAAAAGUAAAUUUUCUCGGCGAUAGACGAUAUUAGAAUUUCGUCGAUUCGGAAUUGUAAAAAUGUACGAAUGAGAAACAAACACUCCUAUUUAUUUUAUUUUUCUUCUAAUCCCCUUCCGUUAUUUUUCACUUUAAUUUUUAAGAUAAUCCAAAGUGCGACAUGCGGAUUCGGUUAAUCACACGUGUGUUCUAUUGACGGUAUACGUGGAAAAGUGUGUAAAUUGUGACAUUUUUCCAUUUGAUGUCGUGAAAAAAUAUUUUUUCAAACCUAUAUCGACCGCGCGUGUGUGUGUGUGUGCGCGUGUGUGUGUAGGAGUGUGCGUGUGUGUACUGUUUCGGGCGCGAAGAAUUUUUUGACAAAUUAAUAUUCGCUCGAGGGACCCUAGAAUCGUGCGAGAGGCAUUGAGUCUUUGAAUGAUUUUUUCGAUAAAUUCAAAUGCAACAUCAAUCCUUCAGCGCGUUGUUACGCGGUACUUCAUUCCAAAAAGUCAAAAGACCAUUUUCGUUUAUUAGGAGAGAGAAAGAAAGAGAGAGAGAGAGAGAGAGAGAAACGAUAAAGAUUUAAGAUAUAUUCGAAGUGGCCUUCGUGAGCAACUAAAUUGUUGUUUACGCACGAGCGAAAAAUUUUUAGGACGAUUGAAAAUAAAGGAAAAAGAGCCUCUUAAAUGGCUUUUGAUACCUUUUGAGUUUGAAAUUGCGAAAAAGAAAUCCUUCCAUUCUGUCGGCUCAUUUUCUUAUUUUCAUUCACAUCACUUUCAGUUUUCUUUUUUUUUAUUCAUUUAUUUCUCGCUAAGAAAGAGAGGAAUAUGAAAAAUUACGUAGAAGAAAGGUGCGAAGAUAAAUCCCAAAUUGGCGUUGAUUAGCUUCGAUUGACUAGCUCGAGCUGCGGUAAUUCCAAAAAUAAAAAUAUUCUUGAUACAAACGUUUUUUGUGCAAAAUUACCAAAAAAAUUAAAAAAUAAAAAACAAACAAAUUUGCAGUUGAAGAGAGGGAGAGAGAAAGGAUUGAAGAAACAUUGAAAAAAGGAGGGAGAAAUGAUUUUUUUGCUUUAAUUUUGCUGAUGCUCGUGGAAAUUUGAAAUUUUUAUUUUCACGAGAAUAAUUAAUCGAAGUUUUCUUAUCGUUCUCUUCGUUUUGCACGAAGUAAGUAAACAAAUGAAAUUUUUGAAAACAGUGAGAAUAAUUGAGAAAAAAAGUAAUAAUAAUUUAAGUGAAAUUUGGAAAGUAGUAAGAAAGGUUACGGGGAAUAAAGAUUUUUUACGAUCUAGGCUAAAUGUGUUCAAAAAGAGAAAAGAAAAUAAUUCAAAGAUUUAAUGAGAGAGAGAGAGAGGUCCGAUAGAAAUCAAGUGAAAAAUAUACGAGGCAAAGAGUUUGGCAGAGAAGCAAGUGGGAAGGGAUAAGAAAGUUUUUGAAAAAUUGCUAAAGUUUGAAUGAGAAUUUCGACGUGAGUCAGCGAGAGCGACUGUGAGAUAAAAUUAAAUAUUGUAUAAAAAUAUGAGAAGAAAAAAAAACGUAAAAAAUAAAAAAGUAGUAAGUGCCUUCCAGAAAUAAAGAAAAGAAAAAAAAAUUUAAGAGUCCCGUAGAUCGUGACCACUUUUAAAUGGAGUCAUUCGAAAUUUCGUGUUUAUGGGGAAAAAGAGGAGGGGGGGGGGGGGGGGGGGGGGUUUUGAAAAAAGAUGAAAAAAUAUGUAAACAAAAAACACCAUUUUUCGUGCUUGAUCCAAUUUCGUUAUCGUUUGAAAAAUUUCACAUCGUCGACUUGAAAAAUUUCUUCAACACUAUAUAAAAGAAAAAAAAAAAGAGCAUUAGAGUAAAUAUAAAGUAACGACGUGAAGAGCAGCAAAAUUUAUUCUCGAAAUCAGCGUGUGCGAAUGGGACGUGUGAAUGUGUUUGUCAAACGAAAGAAAAGCCGAGAUCUCGUUAGUAACGAACGAAAAAAUAAAAAAUAAAACCAAAUAAACAACAAAAUGUUCUCCAGUUUCGAGAAAGCGAGAGGAAGAAAAAACAAAUUCAAGUUUUGACCAAUCCACACCGGUAAUACCCUGAAUGGCAAUGUCUCUUGGAAGUUCAUUGUUUCCUUACGAUCUUUAUACAAUUUUAUAUUUAUAUAUGCUUGCAUAAAUCAACAGAUGCACACAUAUAUAAAUAAAUUUAUGUAUAUUUAUACGUAUAUAUGUAUAUUGGUUUGAUAAUUUUCAGUGAGCAAGCGAAAAGAAACUUAUAUAUAUAUAUAUACACAAAUAUAUAUAUUAAAUGGAAGAAAAUUAAAAAAAAAACAAUGUAACAGCCUCUGAGAACCUUCGUUUCCACAUUUUCAUAUUAAUAUCUGUGAGAUAAAGAUUAAAAUGAGAAAGGGAGGAAAGAAAAGAAAAAAAAAGAAAAACAUAAAACAAAAGUAAGAAAACUUAUAUUACAUACCUUAAGAUUUAAGUUAACGAGUAACGAAAUAAAUGAAUACAACAACAAGAACAACAAACAAGAAUUAAAGUAUGUAGUAACGCUAUUAUUGAUAUAGAGACACGACAAACAAACAUGAAUAUUUAAAGGGUAUAUAUAUGAUAUAUAUAUACAUAAAUUGAACUAUGGAUAUAUAUACAUUUAUAUAAAUCGCAAUGCUGUGGUAUGUCGAAUACUUUAACCCGAAAAAAGUGGGAGGAACGAUGAGGAAGGAAGAAAGGAAGGAGAGAGAGAGAGAGAGAGAGAGAAGACGAAGAAAAUUGUCCUUCUUCGUCGACACCAAAAACAAAGAAAUAUGAAAAAAAUACGAGCCGAACGACCUUAAAACGAGAGACAAAAAGUGGGACGUUACGACGUCGCGAGCAAAUCCUUGGCAUAAAUUCGUGGUAGAACUCACGACUUGGAGCUACAAUGUUUGUUUUUCUUUUUUCAAUGAUAAUGAAGGAACAAAAAAUCGAUUAUAUUUAUGAAAUGUGCGUGAAACAAUGAGAGUUUUGAAGAGUGAUAACGAAGAAAAUUGAAAAUUUUUUGAAACGAUGAUAAAUGAAUGGAUCCAUUGAAGAAAGUAAAAGAAAAACUUACAAUUUUACAUGCUGACAGAGACAAGACAAGAGAGUAUUGAGAAUCGUGUGAGAAAAACGACGAGCGUUCUAUUGUUAUCGACGACUAACCGAAAGAAACGAUUUACGAUUAUUUAUUAUGUACUUCAUCAAAAUACACAAACAAUUCUAGCGAUAGCCUUGUGUAAACGAAUCAACUGUAGUUUCGCCAGGAACAAACAAUAACAAUCGAAAAACAUACUAAAACUGGCCCCAAAUAUAACUGCUGCGAUAAUACGACAGCGCUUUUCUAUCGUUUGUUCCUUCCCGUUGCAUUAAAAUAAUUACAAACGUUGGAUAGUAUCAGUGUAGCUGAAGAGAGAAAAAAACAAAACAAUACGAAAAACAAGAUAUCAUCCUACUUUUAUUCGAAGGGGUAGGUGGUAGCCGCAUAAUAGUUAUCCGAAAAUCCAUAAUAUGAUCGCACCCGCCGUCAGCUUGCGAUGGAAAAGAAAAGAAAAACAAAACACGCAAGUUUCUAAGAAACUAAAAAGCAUGAAAAAAAAACAUGUAGUCUUUGAAAAAUCCAAUGAAAGUCAUGAGAAUGUUUUGGGUCGAAAGAUCGAACGCGCAGAAAUAAUGCAAAUAAAGACGAAUGAUCGAUAACUAUUGACGAAAAGAAUAAAUGAGACUGUGUCUAACCUGUAAAUAGAGAAGAAAAGUGAAAAGCACAUUCAUUGUCCUCAUCAUCGUAUCAUAACUGUGACUACAAUGAUUCUUAUUAUUAAUUUUUAUUUUUACCCUCAAUAUUGUAAACAUAUAUUUAUUACGAUUUUAAAAUUGUAUAUUAUUUUAUUAUUUAUUCAAGACCGUUGCUCGGUGAUCCUUGCGGUCAUGAAAAAAAGCUAUUUUUUCUCUGCAACAAAAAAGCACGAAGAAUCUUUUGCAAUUGUAUACGAUUAAUUUUGCUUUUGUUCGUUAACAUUCAACUUUAAAUAUAUCGAGAGCGAAUGAAAAUGUACCCUCGAUCGAGCGUAUGUAUUUUCCGAGACUAUAAGUUAUCGAUGUCUCUUAUGAGAAAAAUUCCUAUUAAUUCAUUUUUGUGUUUCUAUUACACCGUUCUAUUUCCGUUCGAAUAUUAUCAUUUGUUUUUAUUUUCGUUUGAAGUAGAUAGUCAAUUUAUUGUAUUUAAUUGCUCGCGUGAUUCUCGAUUUUAAAAAUGUACAGCCAGUCUUAUUGACGAGAGAAUGAGAUAAUGAAACGUUGUUUAAAUCUUCUGUUCAAAUCA